AUGUGUGCUGAUUUCCUUUGGGGACAUAAAAUGCACUUGGUGGCUUGGUCUGCAAUUUGUCAGGAUCAUAAACAAGGUGGUUUGGGGGUAUAUUCAGCAAAAUUUUGGAAUUUUACUUCUGCUGCUAAGCUGCUUUGGAUGAUCCAUAAUAAGAAGGACAUUCUGUGGAUUAAAUGGAUACAUGGAAACUAUUUGCGGCAGAACAAUGUUUGGCAAGUGCAAAACAGAGAAAGUGACUCUUGGAUGUGGAAACAAAUUCUGAAAGUUAGGGAUUUGUUAGCAUUGAAGCUUAGUAAUACUGAUAAUCUUCUUUCUGUCAUCAAUAAUUGCUACACUGGAGAUAAAUUUAGCAUUUCUGUUAUGUAUAAGAGACUAAACCAGCAGGUUCCUUCAAUAGCUAUAUCAGGAACUAUUUGGGGUGGUUGGCACUACCCUAAGCAUUCCUUCAUAUUAUGGUUGGCUUCCAUCUCAAGGUUGUUAACUCAAGAUAGACCGUGCAGAAUGAGGAUUCUUAAAUCAAAUCAGUGUGUGCUAUGUUCUGAUAUCAAUCAAAGAGAAACCUGCAAUCUCUUAUUCUUUGACUGUCAAUACUCAGCGAUAUUUUGGAAUAAAGCAAUGGACUGGGUUGGCUUUAAUUGGAAGACGUGUAGCUGGCAUCAUCUUUCAUCCUGGUUUAGUAUGAGUUUGAGAGGGACAGGCUUUAAAGCAAAGCUUAAAAGGAUGGUUUUAUUAGCGUCAGUUUAUAUGCUCUGGCAGGAGAGGAACCUUAGGCUUUUCCAAGGACGUGCACGAGAUUCUGAUACUCUCUUUCGUGCACUGAAGUUCAGUAUAUACUCUAAGCUUCUGAAUGUAAAAAUUCCAAUUCAUGUAAAGGAAUAUAUUGAGAGACUGCCAUGA